AAUUGUUACCCUCUAUCCAAUUUGGGGAAAUCGGCCGACCGCUGCCGCAAGUUACAGCGUUGCUCAUUCUCUACUGUGCAGAGGUCUGGGAGACAUGAUCCUCUCCUCAUUUGCUCCUCAAUUUCAUCAUCUGCAUAAAGAUCUUCGUCGUCAGGUUGCUUACAGAUCAGCCACCUCUACGACUGCCGUCCACUGUAGCAUUCCUAACAGUGUCCCGGCUCUCCGUCACGUGAGCAGUAGUAAUCAUAAUAACGGUAACACUAACACAUGUGAAGAUGAUGUAGUCACGGUAUCCUCCGCUGUAGCUGUAGCUGCCGCUAUUCGUAAGGCGUCAACAUCUCCGGUGGAAUUCGUGCAGAGGAUUGAGCAAGACGGGAAGAACAAAGGACUAGUGCUUCCCAGCUCCGACUUCCAAACGCUUUGUGUGGAACAGUUGGAUCUCUUUCGUCGUAUCGUGGAUCCCGAAGCUCUUCUAUCGGUCUAUGUGAGACCAGCUGGUAGUUAUGUUAUGGACAGACUAGAGUUGCGUAGAGUUACUGUGUAUCCUGGAAGGAAUGUGGCCGAUGUUGUAAUUGUAAUUGGGAACUUUAGCAUCACAACUGGAUUAAGGGCAGCAGAAGCUUCUCUUCUGAAACAGCAGGCAGAAUUCAUUCCCAAAUCCAGAGCUUUGGUUUUCCCUAUGGUGAAGCAUCCAUUCGUUGUGGGGUUUUUGGUGGCUGAACUUCCAAAACUGGAAUUGCAAAAGGAAGAAGAUAAUGUAAAAGUAAAACAAGGCUCAUCCCCUGAGGAAUCUUAUCCAUAUGCAAUUCCUAAAUCAUGGGAACUCCAAAGUUUUGUAGAUAAAACAUUGGAAAUGCACAACUUUUCUACUGAACAGAGAUUAAAUGCAAUAAACAUCUCCCGUUCUGUUGCUAUGGCGUAUGUUAUGGACCAGAAAGCAAUGUUGCUUCAACAAUCUUCAUGGCAAAACAAUGUCAGAAUGAAUAAUUUGGUUGAGCAAAUCCGUGGUCCACUUUCUAGCAUUCGGACUUUAAGCAAAAUGUUAUCAGCCAAUAUGAAGAAAAAUGAGGUUUCAUAUGAUAUUGUUGAAGACAUGAUGGUGCUAGGUGAUCAUAUGAGAGAGACACUUCAACAACUUCAAGAUGCUGUUCAUAUGACAAAGACUAAUAUAGUUCGCUACAACGAAGAAAACCUAAUGAAAAUAGACGAGUCAACUCGUGACUCAGUGAGGACUCAGUUAUCCAAUUUCUUCUCACACGAUCAUGGUGGACCAUUCUCUCUCUUUUCUAAAUCCGGAGAUUUAGAAAUGCCAAUGCCACCUUUGACUCUUUCACCUUUAUUACACCAAAACAUCAAACCAUGCAAUGCUUCUGAUGUACUCGCUGACCUGGCGGAUGCACUCGAACCCUUGGCUCAUAAGCAACAACGUGUCAUACAAAUCUGUGAACUUCCUCAAACUUUGGAGGUUGCUGUUGAAGAACCCGCACUUCGCCAGGCUUUAAGCAAUUUAAUCGAGGGUGCUUUAUUGCGUACAAAUGUUGGAGGAAUGGUUGAGAUCGCAUCCACCAAAGCGCCAGCUGGCGGUGCCCUUAUCGUAAUUGACGAUGAUGGACCCGAUAUGCACUACAUGACACAGAUGCAUUCGUUGACACCGUUUGGGGCGGAUCUUUUAUCGGAAGGUAUGGUGGAAGACAACAUGACAUGGAACUUUGUGGCGGGGUUGACAGUGGCGCGAGAGAUAUUGGAAAAUUACGGUUGUGUCCUUAGAGUGAUCUCGCCUCGGUGCAUGGAGGCGGCACUUGGAGCUGGUGGGACCCGUGUGGAAAUAUGGCUUCCGGUUUUCUCCUCUUCUUCGCCUGAUGGGCCUGCUCAGGCUGCAUAAGGAUGGGAGUCUAGAUUGUUGUUGUUAUAAACAGGUAACAAAUAUUUAAUUGUGAAACACUAUGUAAAUAUAUACAUGCUUGUUGCAAUAAGUGUAUGUGUAUUUUUAGGUGUGUUUUCUCCCAACGUGAAAGGGAACUGUAAAUAGCAAGCUAGAAUUUAAUAGGUGAGGUGGAUUAUAUUAUGUGUAAAAAGAUUUAUGAGCAUGGGGUUGUUUGUAAUGAACUAAUGAUUAUGAGGU